AACGAGAGGCGGACCACUACCACACAGACGACCGGCGACCGGCCACCGAAUGCCGAUAAAAUAAAACAAUUUACAAGCGCACACUCGGCGCAAUACUCCGCGAACGACUGUCGGACGUACAACACCACUACAGUGCGCACACGUCAGUUACAAUUUUAUACGAUUUUUAUAACGAUCUUAAUCGCCAAGUACUGAACACUGUGAAAAUCAAAAAAAAACAUUUCGAUCCGUUAUUUUGUAUUGCGUUUCGUGAUCUUCGCUAAUUACACUCACAGGUCUAAAACUCUAGUAAUACGCCGUUCGGUUCGUCUUGCUGCAGGUGUUUACGGAACGACCGACAGACCUUUUUAUAGAUUUUCCUCACUGUCCUCGAUGGACAACGUUUCGGUUUCGUCAGGGUCCUCGUCCGCUGACGGUGACGAACUGUCGGCUGUGCUCAACCGCCGGCAGAAGAUCAACGAGGCGCUGGAGGACGGCAAACCGGUGCCGCCACAGUUCAACAGGCGGCCGUCCACUAAAAAUGUGUAUCUCGAGUUCAAGGAGUUCUCGCGCAAGCAGAUCAAUGAGUACGAGGCAACAUUCAAAAAAUUUGAUACUGGUAAAGACGGAUACCUAGACUUGGGAGAGUUGAAACGGAUGAUGGAAAAGCUGGGUGUUCCACAAACUCACUUGGCGCUUAAAGCCAUGAUCAAGGAAGUCGACGAAGACUGUGACGAUAAAAUAAGUUUUCGAGAAUUUUUGCUGAUCUACCGCAAAGCGUAUGAUGGUUCAUUGCCUCUGGACUGCGGCCUCAACGAGCUGGCUCGGCUGACGGAAAUCAACGUUGACGAAGUCGGCGUGAUCGGCGCCAAAGAGUUUUUCGAGGCCAAGAUCGAGUAUCAAGGCAUAGCGAACCGGUUCGAGUACGAACUACGACAGGAGAUCGAAGAGAAAAAACGAUCAGAGGACGAGAUGUCUAAACGGAAAAUUGCGUUCAAGGAGAAGACUGCUAUUUUUCAAUAACUCCUUCGGAAAAACCAAUCCUCCACCACCCAUUUAAUUUCCUAUUUAAUAACCCUCACGGCGACGAUUGUGUAUGAUACCUAACCUAUAUAUUAUUAUUAUUAUUAUGUAUUAUAUAUUUUUGAUGUAAAGGUUUUACCUUAAAGAUUAAUUUUUAUAAUCAUCAUUAUUUAUUAUUUAAAAACUCACAAUACCUACCUACCGAUGUUCUAAUUUAUACUUUAAGUACAUCGAUUAUUCCCCGAAAUUGUUUAGGAAAAUUGUUAAUUUUUUUUUAUUAUUAUAUUUCUGCUGUAAUAUUAUUGUAUAAUUUUGUAUUGUAAAUGUUUCUUUAUACGAUUUACGCCUAUAACUGAAUUUUAAUAAAAAUGUAAAAUAUGUAAGUACAACCUA